CCAGCGGCCGCUCUGCUCGGCUCGGCUCUGCUCUCUGCUGCCUGCUGGCGUACCUUCCUCUCCCAGCCUGCACCUCUCGCGUCCCAGCUGAUGCUGCCCAGGAAGCCGGCCCGGAGCGAGCUGCCUGGGAGCCGGCCGGCCCGAUGUGAGGAAGGGCCCUCUCUCCCCUGAUGGGCCCUGCCGGGGUCUGAGCCCCCCUGACCAGGAGAGCCCCGGAGCUGAGGAGAGAUGGCCGGCUCCCUGCCCUGCUCCCCCCCUCCCCUGCUGGCAGGCCCUCCUGGAAAGGGCAGGGGCAGAGGCUUUGCCUGCUGACUCCUCCCGCCCGGGGGCUCCUCUGAGAGGUUUCUGGGGGAAUGGUUUCAGCCAGCCCCCCGGCCCCCUCCCCUGGCUCCUGCUGAGCCCCCUUGGCUGCCUGUGGGGACAGCCCCAGGCCCAUGAGCCUGGGAGGCCUGGGAGGCUGCGGGGAGCUAGCCGGGGGCGCAGGCCCGGCUUUGGGAAGAUGCCCCCCUCCCAGGGGCCGCUGGCUGAGCCAAGCCCGGACCCCCCGCUGGGGAGCAGGAAGCUGAUGGCCCUGGGGGCCAUGCUGGGCUGGCUGCUGCUGGUGCACCUGCUGGUCAACGUGUGGCUGCUGUGCCUCCUCUGGGUGCUGCUGAUGGUGCUGGGGGGCUGGGUGGGCUCGCAGGCCAUGGCCGGGCUCGGCGGCCGGCUGCACCUGGAGCGCUUCGUCUCCCUGCCCAGCUGCCCCGCCAGCCCCGAGGCCGAGAAGCAGCUGGAGCAGGAGAUCGACGGCACCAUCCAGAAGAUCAUCCGGGACUUCGUGUCCUCGUGGUACUGCACGGUGGGCCGCGAGCCGGCCUUUGAGGAGGAGGUGAGGGCAGCCAUGACGGGCAUGGCCCAGGAGCUCAGGAGAAGGAUGGCCCUGGUGGACAGGCGGGCUCUGACCCGAAAGGUUCUGACCCUCUGCGGCUGCCACCUGCAGAGCUACAUGCGGGCCAAGGAGGCCGCGGGCGCCCGGGCGGGGCCGGCUCAGCUGUGGGAGGCCUACUGCGGGGCCGCCGCCUGCCACCCGGCCGUGCUGAGCCCCGGCGCAGAGGUGGGCUACGCCCGCGGCAUCGUGGACCUGGUGCUGCAGGGGCUGGCCCCCAAGCCCCAUCUGGAGACCAGGACCGGCCGCUACGUGGUGGUGGAGCUCAUCACGUGCAACGUGCUCCUGCCACUGAUCAGCAAGAUGUCCGACCCGGACUGGAUCCACCUCGCCUUGGUUGGCAUCUUUUCCAAGGCCAAAGCAGGAGCGGGCGAAGAGCCCGAGCCAGCCCGCCGGGCCAAGCCACCCAGCCAGCCGCCGGUGCCCAGGUCCCUGCCGCUGACCGUUCCUGCAGAGAAGCUGCCCGAGGCCAGGAGUCCGUCCCCAGCCGGAGGCCUGGCCCUUCCCCACGGCAGCGGGCCCGAGGGGCCGGGGGGCCGCUCCCCAGAGGUGGAAGAAGGCCAGGAGGCGCUGGAAGGGGACCUGAAUGCGGAGCCCGAGGGCAGGAAGUCGGGAAACAGUGCGGCCCACUUCCUGCAGCCGGACCCCCGGGGGCCCCUGUUCCUGUGUGAGGACUCAGAACUGGACUCGCCGCUGUCUGACUUGGGCAGGGACACGGACUCCAUCGUGCUCAUGACUCCCAGCGACUUCCUCAGCGACAGGCUUCAGGAUGCCCUGACUGCCCUGGAGAGCGGCCCAGAGGCCCUGGAGCCCGAGGAAGGCGGGGAGCCUGAAGGGCCCGAGCCUGAGGAGGGCCCGGGGCCAGACCCAGACCCAGGCCUGCUGGCCUCCAUGCUCAAGCCCUGCCCGGAAAUCCAGAUCAACUCGGCCGAGAAAGACGAGGAGCAGGAAGAGCUCGCCUCCCUGACGGCGCUGCUGGGAGGGCCCCAGAGAGCCUCUCUGCCCCGGCCCUCCUGCCUGGAGAAGGACCUGACCAACGGCGUCAGUCCCCUGGACCCCGGCCUGCCCCCGGGCCUGCUCUCGGCCUCCCCGACGGGCCCCCUGAGCUCGGCCACCUUCAGCUUUGAGCCCCUCAGUAGCCCCGACGGCCCAGUUGUCAUUCAAAACCUACGGAUCACGGGCACCAUCACCGCCCGGGAGCACAGUGGGACCAGUUUCCAUCCCUAUACCCUCUACACAGUGAAGUAUGAGACAGCCCUCGACAGUGAGAACAGCAGCGGCCUUCAGCAGGUGGCUUACCACACUGUGAACCGUCGCUACCGGGAGUUUCUGAAUCUGCAGACCAGACUGGAGGAGAAACCAGACCUACGGAAGUUCAUCAAAAAUGUGAAGGGUCCCAAGAAGCUCUUUCCUGAUCUUCCAUUUGGAAACAUGGACAGUGACAGGGUGGAAGCCCGUAAGAGUCUUCUGGAGUCAUUCCUGAAGCAACUGUGUGCUAUCCCUGAGAUUGCCAACAGUGAAGAAGUACAAGAGUUCCUGGCUCUCAACACAGAUGCUCGAAUAGCUUUUGUCAAGAAACCUUUCAUGGUCUCAAGAAUAGACAAGAUGGUAGUGAGUGCCAUAGUAGAUACCUUAAAGACUGCCUUUCCUCGCUCCGAACCCCAGAGCCCUACAGAAGAUCUGAGUGAAGCAGAGACGGACGGCAAACCGCAACCCGAGGGCAAGAAGGCCAAUAAGUCUAGACUAAGAUUCCCUUCUAGCAAAAUUGCUCCUGUAUUAAAUGUGGCUGAAUCACAUGAGAAGGUCUUGUAUUGCCUCCGGGAAAGUAAUGUGGAGUCAGACAUCCUGUCAAUCUCUGGGAUGGAGUCGUUCAUUGAAAAGCAGAGUAAGUUCUUGGAAAUACAAGCAGAAGAAGCCUUGGAAAAAGAUUUGGAGCAGACCUCCAAAGAGUGUACAGAUCACAGUAGUGAGGGCCCCUCGGAGAAGGCUGCUUCAUCUCAAAAUGAGAGCAACAGUGACCAAGAAUCAGAGACAGAGUUAGCUGACACAGCCCUGGACCUCCUUCUCUUGCUGAUGAUGGAACAGUGGAGGUGGUUAUGUACUGAGAACAUGCAGAAAGCCCUUCAUCUUCUCUUUGGGACCCUGAUACAGAGGUGGCUGGAGGUUCAGGUAGCUAAUCUGACAUGCCCCCAGCGCUGGGUCCAGUAUCUCCGGCUCCUGCAGGAGUCCAUCUGGCCGGGGGGCACUCUGCCAGUGCUGCCGAAGCCAUUGAGAACACAGGAGCAGAAGGAGGCUACUGAGGAGCAAGCUCUGCAGAGUCUGAUGGGAGUCCUUCCAGACUUGGUCGUGGAAAUCCUCGGAGCAAGCAAGUGCCGCCUAAGCUGGGGUUUGGUCCUUGAAUCUCUGCAGCAGCCCCUCAUCAACAGGCACUUAAUUUAUUGCCUCUGGGAUAUCAUCCUGGACUUCCUGGAUCUCAGUGCUUCUGCUGAAGAGUCUACCACGACCACCCCUGCUCCGGACACACCAAAUAAUCCCAGAAGGAUGGGGGUCUCCCCCUGACUGCUGAGCACUCCUCACAAAUGUUCUGGCUAAGACUGGAGAAAAGAGAAUAAGCUUCUAAGUGCUAAUGUUCAAGAUACCCCAUCUCCCUGGGAACCAGGAUGAGAAGCUUAUGUUCUCAGCACUUAUAGGGUGAGAGCAACAGUGACCGAGAAAGUCUUGUGGCAUAGUUAGUAUCCUCAGCAGCCAGUUGUAUUAUUGGCAAAGGAUCACUCAAAUUUGCUGGUAGGGAUGAAUGCGUCACCUGCGUGUCCAUCCACUUCUGUGGUUCCUCAGUCUCACAACCAGUUGGGUUGCAAAUAGGGAGUAGAACCUGAUUUCUCUAGAAAAAUCCUGGAGACUGAAGAAGAGAUAGAGACAUUCAUCCUCUUCCAUCCCUCUUUCUGCCAAUCCCUGCCAUGCAAGGUUGACAUCUGAUUAUCACUUGUCCCUUUGAAACUCUGUUGUCAUAGGGGUUCUGCACAAAGCAAGGAAAACUAUUGCCAGGCCCUCUUAGGGAAGAGACUAGUUUAUCUGUCUCUGAAACUUUCCUUCCUCCUGAAAAGAAAUGAGAUGCAGGACAAUUCCAUCAAGUAGCAGGAAAGUAUAUUCGGUUGUCCCAUUUGGUUUCUUCUGUUACCUUGAGAGAGAAGAGAGGGAAGAUCUUUUGAUUCCCUGCUGUUGAUUUCUUGGCCAUGUCCUCAUGCACAAGGGAGGAAACUAGAUCACCUACUUGGCUAGCAUCAUUCUUCCUGUGCUGAACUUCUCGUGAAUCACCUGAGGCCUCCUCCCACAUCCUUCCUGGUAGGACCUACCCUUUGGCUUUUUAUUUUUUGGUCAUGUCUGCCUCCUCAAAAUUUGGGAGGAUGCUCUAGUUCCAUCUCCCUAAACCAGAAGCAUGAGAGGAAGAACUUUUUGGGUCAGCACUUAGGGAAGAGAAAGAAAAAUCUUGCACAAAGUCAAAGAAAUAUAGGUCCUCCUUAUCCUAAGACAUUUAAGGAACUGGAACAAAGAUCCUGUGGGGCUCUAUCUUCACCCCAAUCUAAAGACUAGUUUUCAGGCACUAUUUUUCAGGCAUUUAAUUACACCACAAAAGCUUUUCCACUUCUCGUUCAUAGACAAAGAAAUAAAACUGACCUACAAGGUCAGAUCUUUAUCCUGUGAUUAAAAAGCCCUGUAAUUUGUCAUAAAGAAGAGAUGAGUCAAAAGAAGAAAAAAAUGUAGAAGAGAAAUGAGGUAAAGGGAAAAGUCACAAAAGGAAGGACAAUAGAUUUAGAAUUUAGAAGGGGAUUUGUAGGUCAUCUGUUCAAACCCUUUGAUUUUAUAGAUGAGAAAAUGGAAGUGACCUAUUCAAGAUCACCCACAUAGAAAGAGGCAGUGGUAGGAUAAGAACUAAAUAAAAAAUGGAAGGAAGAGUGAAUGAUAAAGCCAAAGCAGUGGGACAAACACUCUGCCCUCUUAAUUUCCCUUGUGCCCACUGGCAUCCCUGCAUACAUAAAAUCAGUGGAAAACAACUUUCUUCUGUAUAAUCUAUAAGAUCAUCAAACUUGGCUAAGUCUUGGGAGCUUAGACUGAGAAGGACAUGAAAGGACAUGAACGCAUAUCAAAGUUAUUAGGUAGAGGAUGUAUUGCACAGGGAAGUGGGAGGCUAUGGAAUCUUUUCUGGGGAAAGUUUCAAACCACCCAUUGGAUUUUUGAGCUGUCUGGGAUGGUUUUAAGAUGAAAUUCUGCCUGAAGUCAAGGAGGCCAGAUGAGAUAACUUCAGUAGUCUUCACAUAAUGGGCAUUUAAUAAAGAAUGUAAGUGUAUUAAGGUUCUUUCCACGUCUAAGUGUAUUAUGACUUCCGGACUUUCUUGGAGUCCUCUUCCCCCUUCCCAAAGCUAUCUCAUUGAGAGGCGGGUAUGGCUGAUUGCUUGGCAAAUGUCUGUAGAGUUAUGGGAUGAGCCAGGGCAUUCAUCCUGUCUCCCUGAAGCUUCUCCUCCUACAACUCUUUCACCCGGAGGCUAACAUUGUUACUUUGGAAAGUUGGAGAUGUCCCCAUCUUCUGCUUUUCCCUUUGACACAUGCUCUUGGCCACCUGUCCUACCAUGCUUCUCUGGGCAGCCAGCCACAGGUUGGGUGCUUGUCAAAUGACUAGUUCCAGCUUACACGUGGCAUAAAAUCAAUAAAUAACUGGACAGACCAUAAAUUGCCUGUGGUUGUAAAUUCCUAAGAAUCUUAAGUCACUUCCAGGGCUGGGAAGAGCUUCCUUGGGUUCCACCUUAUAAGAAAAGCCUGCCUCUUCCCCACCUGCCUCCAGAGAGACAAACUGUCCCUCAGCCCACUCUCUGCCCAGGAGGCGAAUGAAUGAGAGUGACAAAGGAAAAAGUCCAUGAGGUUUCUCAAACAAGCCAGCCAGGUUUCAGGGAGCAAGUUCAGGCAGCAUGGGAAGUCUUGUACCUGGGAGAGAUGCCACAAGUAUGUGGAGCAGGCCAGUCCAACUUGGGAGUCUGCCUUGCCUUGUACUUUUUUUUAUUAUUCACUCCUGGGAACUAUGUUGCAGAAGAGUAGGAAUUGGAGAAAUUACCCCAAUCCUAGAGCAUAGGAUUUAGAACUAUGAAUGUAGUCAUCUAGUUCAAAUCUCUGAUUUUACAGAGCAAGGAACUAAGACCCAGGUACAUUAAGUGUCCAAAAGUCUCAUUUCCCAUUCAUUAAUUCAUUUUAAACAAUGAGUACCUAAGAUGCUUAAAGAAGCCCUCCCUGGGCCUGAAAACAUGCAAAGCAUCGUGGGAGGUGCAAAAAUGAAGAAACUGCAAAGGAUGAUCAUCCCCAUCACCACAUCAUCCUAUUCCUACUCCCCAUCCUGCUCCUCCCUGCAGUGAAAUAGAUACAGUAGAUGAUGAGGGAAUGGUAUGGUAGAAAGAAUAUUGAACUCAGAAUCAUGGGCCUGAGUUCAAAUCCUACUUCAGCUAUUUAUAACUACAUUUGACAAGUCAUUCACCUGACUGUGCCUCAGUUCCUUCAUCUAUAAAAAGAAGGCAUUUGUCUAUAUAACUCAUAAAAUUUCCUUCUAAUCCAAAUCUAUAAAAUCCAAAAACUUUGUUUUUGUUUAGUCACUUUCAGUCAUGUCCAACUCUUUAUGAUCCCAUUUAGGAUGUUCUUGGCAAAGUUACUGCAACAGCUUGCCAUUUCUUUCUCCAAUUCACUUUAUAGAUAAGAAAACCCAGGCAAAUGAGGUUAAGUGACUUGCCCAGAAUCACACAGCUAAUUCGUGUCUUAAGCCAUAUUUGAACUCAGGAAGAUGUCUGCCUGAUCCAAGCUCAAUGCACUCUGUGCUAUCCACUAUCCCACCUAGUUGCCCCAUUCCAUAGCUAGAUUUCAUUGUUUUUUCUUCAUGGUCCUUAGUCAUGUCUCCAUGGCCUCGGCCCUAUUCCUUUCCUCUGCCUCACUAAUUCCUCCUCCGACCAGCCAUUAUUUUGUCAGUAAGAAGCAAGAGAUGUAUUAUUACUUUAAUAAACGUCACCUAAUCUAUCACCUGAGCAUUCUGAGAUUCAGCAGCCCCCUCAAAAACUGUGUUGUUUCCCCAGGGAGGCUAUGCAAAAAAAGGAUGAUAUAUUUUUAUCAUGCAAGCAAAGGCAAGAAUAGGAGCUAACUCUGUUGGAUGCAGAAAGAAGCAGGAACCAGUGGAGGAGGGGGAAGGGGGUUGACUAAAUUUGUAGCUCAAAAUCUGACUAUGUGAACAUAACCAUGUCUAAUUCCCAGUGUUUUCUCUAUACCUGAAGUGCCAAAGGAUAUCAUGCUUGCCCCCAUCAGCUCCACAAAAAGGAGAAAGUAAGCAUUAGAAGCUGGGUCCCAGUAGUGACUGGAAACCUUUGCUUUGGGCUGAUAAAGAGCAGAGUGGGAAUAUUUCAGAGACACCGCUAUUCAUACUAAUGACAGGGAUUCCAUUGGGCCUGGAGUUGAUUUAUCCACUCUCCUAUAGUCCAAGCUGUCUCCUUAACACCUGAGUUCUGCACUGGCCAGGAAGGAAGUGCAGGAGAAAGCUUUGGACUGACUGUAUCCCAGUAACAUGUAGAAAAGGUUAAUGUUACUUACUGCUAUUAUUAGCAGAUCCUGCCAUCUGAGAUGGCACCUUCACUUUGAAAUUCACUCCUUUUUCAGGUCUCAGGUUAGGAUUCCAAUUCAACCAUCUCUAAUCUGGCAGCAUUCUCACUCCACUUACCUGGAUGGGAUGAUAAUAAGCAUAAUUUAGGUGAUAGAAAAGGGAAAGAGGCAAAAAUAUGUCCAUGCUAGUCUAAAUGUCUCUCACAUGAGAUUCUGUGUAAUAAAUCAUCUGGAUGUUUCAUUUGUUUUGUUAUUGUUUUGAGGGUGACUUAAAAUCAAGUGAUUCUCCCAGUGUGAAAAGAUAUUCGGUGAAGGCAUUGAUUUUUUAUAUAUAGGAUUAUUAGUGGCUAAUUUUGAAUCCCCAGAUAGUUGCUGUAGUUAUUGUUUUCAAGACAACUGGAGUUAAAUAGUUUGCCCAAUAUCACACAGCUAGUAAGUGUCUGAGUCAGCUUUGUACUCAGGUUCUCCUAACUCCAGGACCUGUGCUAUCUGACUGCUCCCCCUUUACCUUCCCUACCCCCAGCUAGUUCUAUUGCUCUCCAUCAGUCAGUUCUUGUCUAUGGAAUACAAAAUUUUGACAUUAGCCAAACUAUAUAACACGAUUACCAAGGCAAAUCUAUACUGAAUUUUUUAAAAUACAUUUUUUCUGUCUCUUCUUAACAGCAUGUCCCAAACGUCAUAGUAUAAGUUCAAACUUUAAAAAGUUCAGAAAUUUAAUUGCUACAAAUUUACUAUUUAUCCCUCUGAUUUCUGAACUUUGCUGCUCAGCAAUUGAAAGGACUUAGAUCAAUCAAAGAAUGAGAAUUUGAUAUAACCAUGAUAAUUUUCAUGUGACCCCAUAAGAAAAGUCUAAUGGAGAUAGAUCAAGUGAUUAAGCUGGCCAGUGAAGAACAAAAUGCAUACUGAUCCACAAGACUGAAAAUGUCAUCUCAAAUUGUGACACCCUUACCAUAUCUUCUUAAAAUAUUAUUGUUGGAAAGUUGCUAAGCAAAAUAAGUAUAAAAUAAAUUUAAAUAAGUAAAAUUUCAAAUUACUUUUGCUAAGUUUAUAGCACUUACACUUCUAAAAAUUAUUAAAGCUUAAAAUUUCACUAAGAUUUUUUGGGAUACUAUAUAUGCAUGUGUGUAUAUAUAGGUCGCUGUGUUGUACAUACAAAUAUGUUUAUGUGUGCUCCUCCAUUUUGCAAUGAGAUUUCUGGGAUAACAUGUAUAUAAGUUUGUGUAUUUAUGUGUGUUGUACAUACAAAUAUAUUUAUGUAUUCAUUAUGCACUAAGAUUUCUGGGACAAUUGUGUAUAUAAGUGUGUAUGUAUGUAUCUGCAUUGUAUAUGCAGAUAUUUCUGUUUUCUCCUCCAUUCUGAUGCAUAACUAAGAACUGCCUAAAAUUAAGUACAAAAGGAAGGACCAGGCAAGGUGAACUAAAAAGUCUGUUCUUGUAAUUCUGUGAUAUGAAGAUCAACGUCCUGUACAUGAGGUCAAGUCUGCUUACCUUGGAUUGAGUUAGAUUUGGCAAUCUGGAGUCAAUCACUCCCAUUCCUUCCUGAUAAACUGCCAGUCAUUUUGCUUUGUCUGCUCUUGGAGUAUCGUCUCAUCCCUGUAGCCACAAAGAUUAUUAGUGAUUUAGCAAGAUGGACCCAUUCUGUAUCCCGCCAUUAGUGAAGAGAGACCCUUUUAAGAAAAUAAAUAUUCUUUUGGAGUUUAUAUCCUUUACAAAUCCUGCCCAUCUGGAGUCCCAAUUAAAGCUGAAAAUGUGCCAGUUCCUA